UACCAGGCGCUCAAUUUCUUCUCUUCUUCUUCGUUCUGUUUUGGGAAAAAAAGAUAAACUUCUUUUGCUCGCUCGAAAGCGGUAUGAAAAUGUCGUCGGAAUACUUGUUUUUCCCUUUUCUUCUGGUCAACUUUGAAACUUCUCUUUUGUUUUUAUUCUUCAUGUCUAUUUUUACUGUUUGGUUGGGUCCAGGUGGGCUCGCAUGGGCUCGUUCAAGGACCAAGACUCCUGGUCCGUCUGGCUACCCACUCAUCGGGUUGCUCACUGUGUUCACUGGGUCCAGACCUCACCGAGUCCUUGCAAAGGUUGCUACAGCUUUCAAAGCUGUGCCACUGAUGGCUUUUUCAGUGGGGUUGACUCGGUUUGUUAUUUCAAGUGAGCCCGAGACUGCGAAAGAGAUUCUCAAUAGUUCUGCUUUUGCUGAUAGACCGGUUAAAGAGUCGGCGUAUGAACUGUUGUUUCACAGAGCAAUGGGUUUUGCGCCUUACGGUGUGUACUGGAGGAAUCUUCGGAAAAUCUCUGCCACCUAUUUGUUUAGUCCUAAAAGAAUCGCUGGCUUCGAAAGCUUUAGGCGUGAAAUUGGUCUACAAAUGGUGGAGCAAGUCAAAACUUUAAUGGUUAAGAAUGGUGAAGUGAAGGUUAAAAAUUUACUUCACUUUGGAUCACUCAACAAUGUGAUGAUGACUGUGUUUGGUAAAAGGUAUGAUUUUGAUCAAUCUGAAGAAGGGUUCAUGCUUGAGGUGUUGGUGAGUGAAGGAUAUGAGUUACUUGGAAUAUUCAACUGGAGUGACCAUCUCCCUGUUUUGAGGUGGCUGGACUUGCAAGGUGUGAGGAGAAGGUGCAAAAGUUUGGUCUUGAAAGUGAAUGCAUUUGUUGGAAAGAUCAUAGAGGAGCAUAGAUUCAGGCGGAUGCUUGGUGUUUCUGAUGAAAAAAGUUAUGUUGGUGAUUUUGUUGAUGUCUUGCUUGAUCUGGAGAAAGAUGACAAGCUGAGUGACUCUGAUAUGAUAGCCGUUCUUUGGGAAAUGAUAUUUAGAGGAACCGAUACCGUGGCUAUUCUGCUUGAAUGGGUUCUUGCUAGAAUGGCGUUGCAUCCCGAAAUUCAAUCAAGAGCUCAGGCUGAAAUUGACGCUGUUGUUGGGAAAUUAAGGGCUGUGUUUGAUUCUGAUAUUCCAAACUUGCCUUACCUUCAAGCCAUUGUGAAGGAGACUCUGCGGAUGCAUCCACCAGGCCCUCUUCUCUCAUGGGCUCGCCUUGCUAUCCACGAUGUUCAUGUGGGGGAUAACUUUGUACCCGCAGGAACAACAGCCAUGGUCAACAUGUGGGCUAUUACUCAUGAUGAAAAGGUCUGGCCUGAGCCAGAAAAGUUCAAUCCUGGAAGGUUUAUUACUGAUGAUGUAAACAUCAUGGGACCUGAUCUGAGGCUGGCUCCCUUCGGGUCUGGCAGGAGGGUUUGCCCUGGAAAAGCUAUGGGUUUGGCCACUGUUCACCUCUGGUUGGCUCAGUUUUUGCAAAGUUUCAAAUGGGUUGCUGCCUCUGAAGUAGACCUGACUGAGUGUUUGAAACUUUCCAUGGAGAUGAAGAAGCCUUUAGUUUGCAAAGCCAUUCCUAGGUUGGCCUGAAGAUAUGCAUAACAGGAUAUAUAAAUAUAUAUAAUUAGGGUUUGCAGAUGUGUGUUAGAAGAAAAUUAGGUUUUAAUUAGAAAAAUGGCGAUAGGAUUUUGGGGUCUUAAUAUGCAGAAAAAUGUCCUCGCUAAAUUUGCAGUAGUAGAACUAAGAUAGUGUCUAAUCUUUUGUGUUAGCAGCUCUAGUGCAUUGUACACAGCUUUGUUGUUCUUAAUCUUAAGACUGGAAAGGCAAGUUUAUGAAGUUUAAUUUUGUUUA